CAGCACGGCUCACCGGAUUGAAGUCGUGUUAUGGUUAUAAAGUAACAGUUUCCUAUUCAAUAGGAUUUACGCCUUAUCGAAAUUUUAAUGACUGCAAGAUUCGGUGCACUAACGAGGGAAGUUGUUUUGCUACAUGAUGGCGUUGCUUACCACGUGGGACCCUGUCGGUUGUUGUGACCAAGAUCUGAGUAGUGGAGCUGAAAAUGUUCCAGUUGGAAUAGACAGCGGGGAUGUUGGUAAAACGGGCAAGCCGAACUUCAAGUACACAGCUGAGAAUGUUCCAGGGCCAGGCUGUAGCAGUGACCCUGCUGAGAUCACCCUCCCUGGUUGCUAUUGUCACCAGGUGGAGUCCUGUGAGACUAAGACCUGCCAGUGCUUACAGCGCUACGGACCGGCAUACUGCGACCAACAGAGGUUACUGGCCCCAAGGGGUGAUGGUGAUGGUGAUGAAGGAGGAGAGGAGAGCUGUGGCUACUCUAGCCCUGUGUUCGAAUGCAACGCCCUGUGUGACUGCGGCGAGAGCUGCUCCAACCGUGUGGUGCAGAGAGGCGUGUGUCUCCGCCUGUGUGUGUUCCUCACGCCGAAACGCGGGUGGGGCGUGCGCACCCUGGAAGCCGUGCGGCGUGGCACCUUCGUGUGCGAGUACGCGGGCGAGGUGAUUGGGCAAGAGGAGGCUCGGCGCCGGCAGCUCGCUCAGGGGCCCAACGACAUGAACUACAUCAUCGCCGUCAGGGAGUUUGCUGGCCGGGGCAACAGCGUCGUCAUGGAGACGUUUGUGGAUCCCGCCACCAGGGGCAACGUGGGUCGCUUCAUCAACCACUCAUGCCAACCCAACCUCUUCAUGGUGCCCGUGCGCGUACACUCACUGGUGCCGCGCCUGGCACUGUUCGCCACGCGGGACAUCGCAGUCGACGAGGAGUUGACCUUCGACUAUUCUGGCAGGUGGAACAAUCGGACUUCCGGGACCGUUAGGGCGGUUUCGAAGGAAGAGAACCGGGUGGCUGACCAGGGCACAGGUUCCCCCCAGAGGAAGGCCUGCUACUGUGGGGCAUCAAACUGCUCAGGCUACCUCCCGCUGGACAUCACAGUUCUUCAUAGUUAGAGAUAGGGCUGUGUGAUGUAUAUCGUAUUAAUAUCGUGAUAUCAAUAUUGACUGAAAUAAUUGUGAUAAUGAUUUUUCUCAUCAUCAAACAGGCCUAGUUAGAAAAGGGGGUUACAGGGUUACACUGGCCUGGUUACAGGGUUACAUCACUGGCCUUGCACAUCAGUGUAGUGGACAUUCAAUUUUCUAUUGUAUGGACACUGGGUCUGCUGCUGCCAUUUCUGAACUCUCCAGCAGGUCAGACAGGCACUUGCUCUCUUGAGACUUCUCUUGACCUACUAUAGGCCUAUUAGAGGUUUAACGGACAAAAAGUGCAUUCAUUCCAAUAUUCUGUCUUCAGAGUUCAGAGGGAGUUUAGAAAUACCUCAAGUAUACUGUAUGAUGACAUUGCUGAGGUAUGGUAUAUGCAUAAACAUAAUGUCUUUCUUUGUUUUAUUUGUUACUUUUUUAGGGGGUUGUAUCUUUUAUUUGUGACAGGACAGUUAGAGAGGCGACAGCAAACGAGUGGGGAAGGUUCGACAAAUGACCUCGGGCCGGAAUCAAACCCGGGUCGCCAGUGUAGUGGUGCCGUGCCCAGCCUAAUGAGCCACAGCUGGGACAGAAUGUCAUUCUUUACCAUGAAUUGUAUAUUAUACUUCUACUGUGGUUCAGUUGUAAGUACUGUGGCCGUGGAAGCAUCACGUGUCCUUCAGUCGCUUCCUAAUGCUUCUGGCCUCAUCUCUGGAUCCUCUUCCUUAGGAAACUGUGAAGUUUCCUGGGGCCUCAUGUACAAACACUUUGUAGAUUUCCUACUGAAUCUUUGCGCAAGUGAAAAUCUGAAGGAAAAAAAUGCAUUUGCACCUGCAAAUCUCAAAUUUAUGAGGUUUGUGGUAUGUCUGAUUUCACAUGAAAUUUAGUACACAUGCUUUUUUCCAUGCCAAGUCAGUGUUAGCACAUCUGAAAAUGUUUGUGGAAAGUUACUUACGGAGCUUUUUUGUGUGUAUGUUAUUUUUGUACUUGAAGCCCCAGCUCUUUUGGGGUCUUUUCCCCAUUCAGGUUGCAAACGAGUGACUAACUUUCUCAAUAGUUUUUUUUUGUUGUUGUUUUUUACCUGAAGGUCGGAUGACAGAAUUGUUAAUAAUGUUGUAUUAAAGGCUGUUGGUGGAAUGGACAGUGUGCGGGAUUCCUUUACAGUUGAAUGACAACCCCACUGGGAUAAUAUCCUAUGCACCUGUCCAACUACAGAGGUGUAAAAUAGCGUCAAUUUUUAACUGUUCACGAUAUUUAAUAAAAUACAUUGAA